AUGGCUAAGACAAAGUUACUCUUCGUGGUCUGCUUGCUGAUUCUCUGCCUAGUAAUUCAGUCACAGGCAAACUCGGUGGGGGGAGGAAAGGGAGGUGGAGAUAAUGCAGGAAAGGGAGAUGGAAAUCAAGGACAAGAUGGAAAUCAUCAAGGACAAGAUGGAAACAAUCAAGGAGGAGAUGGAAAUCAUCAAGGAGGAAAUGGAAAUCAAGGAGGGGAUGGAAAGGGAAAUGGAAAUCAAGGAGGAGAUGGAAAGGGAAAUGGAAAUCAAGGAGGAGAUGGAGGUUCCCCGACCAUAAUAUACAGUAGUCCUCCUCCUCCUGCUCCCACCACCUCCACUCCUCCUUCUUCCCAUAACACUCCUCCUCCUCCUGCUCCUACCACUUCCACUCCUCCUCCUGCGCCCACCACCUCCACUCCUCCUCCUGCUCCAACCACCUCCACUCCUCCUUCCCACAAUACUCCUCCUCCUGCCACUCCAGCGCCACACCCGCCUUCAACUUUGCCACCGCCGAGUUCUUCACCAAAGAAAGCUAAGUGCAAGAACUGGAAUUAUCCUCAUUGCUAUGGCACGGUACAUACCUGUCCCAGUGCCUGCCCUGGUGGAUGCGAUGUUGAUUGUGUCACUUGUAGCCCUGUUUGCAAUUGCAAUAGGCCAGGCGCACUGUGCCAAGACCCGCGAUUCGUUGGUGCAGAUGGACUCACCUUCUACUUCCAUGGCAAGAAAGAUAGUGACUUCUGCAUAGUUUCUGAUUCCAACUUACACAUCAAUGCCCACUUCAUUGGCCGCAGGAACCCCAACCUAAAGAGGGACUUCACUUGGGUCCAGUCUCUAGGAAUCCUCUUUGACAACCACAGACUCUUCAUUGGCGCCAAUAAAACCUCAAGUUGGGAUGACUCCGUGGACCGCCUUGAACUACAAUUUGAUGGAGACAGUAUAAUCCUUCCUGACCGCGCCGGCAGGCAGUGGAAGUCUAAAAUGUCAAGACUUACCAUAACAAGGACUCGAAACACCAAUGCCGUUGAUAUCGAAGUGGAAAACAAUUUCAAGAUUAAAGCAUCAGUGGUACCUAUUACUGAGAAAGAUUCACUGAUUCACAAUUAUGGCAUUACUCAAGAGGAUUGCUUUGCCCAUCUUGACAUGAGCUUCAAGUUCUAUUCAUUGAGCGGAGAUGUGAAUGGUGUUCUUGGACAGACUUAUGCUAGCAACUAUGUGAGCAAGAUUAAAGUGGGAGUGUUGAUGCCUGUUAUGGGAGGCCAAAAGGAGUUUUCGUCUUCAAGCCUAUUCAGUACUGAUUGUGCUGUUGCUCACUAUACAGGACAGGCUUUGGGAGCUAACAGUUAUGAGAAUAUAGAGUAUGCCAACCUUGAUUGUGCUAGUUCUGCAUUGGGUGGCCGCGGCGUGGUCUGCAAGCGCUAA